AUGGAAAAUAAUGAAGAAAAAAAAGAACAGAAAACUAACUUUUAUUUUAGAUUAAUUAUAUCUUUUCAUAUUUUUAUGUUAAUGUUAAUAUCAUUAGUAAUAUCACUAUGUUUUCAACUUAUAUCUUGUGUAUUAUUUUUACCAUUGUUGAUAUAUAGCAAAAGAAUUAGGUUAAUAAUAUUAGGAGCUUCUUUUAAAUGUUGUUGUUAUUUUGUAUGCUCUCCAUUGAAUCCAUUUUGGAAAGUAAAGGUAAUAAGAAAAUGUAAGAAAAAUUAUAAGCCUACUAAAACUUUAUUAUUUAUUAAUCAUUUAUCUGCUGUGGAUCCAUGGGUAAUUACAUCAUGCAUAUUACCAUGGGAGAUGAAAUUUGCUUUUAAAAGUACAUUAUUUAGAAUACCUAUAGCUGGCCAGUCUUUGUAUCUAUCGGGAGAUAUUCCAGUUUAUUUUAGUAAAGGAAGAGGCGGAUGGGAAGUAAAACCUGAAAGCAAAGAAAAACUUAUGAAAACUUGCAAAGAAUAUAGUGAUUUAAAAAUUGGGAUUGCAGUAUUCCCAGAAGGUACAAGAUCUCUAAGUGGUCAAUUACAAUUAUUUAAAUCAGGAUUCUUUAAAUUUGCAAUUGAGAAUAAUUGUGAAAUAUUACCAUGUGCAUUACAUGGUUCUAAUAAAGCAUGGCCUAUUAAAUCUAAAUUAUUAGAUAAAGGAACUAUGUAUUUUUCUUUUGGAGAGCCAUUUUAUCCUACCCCUGGUAUGACUUAUCAAGAAUUAAUGGAUAAAACAAGGAAAGCCAUUUUUGAUUUGAUUAAAGAAUUCCCUGAUUACGAUCCUGAGAAGGAUAAGUUAUUAAACGAAUAUCCACAAGUAAGAGGACAUGGAAUAUGA